CGCACGAUUAGUGUGUUUUUAACAGUGACUGUGUGAAGUUAGAAUUGUGAAAGAAAGAUGGCUCGUACUAAGCAAACUGCUCGUAAAUCAACUGGAGGAAAGGCUCCUCGGAAACAGUUAGCUACUAAGGCAGCACGUAAAAGUGCUCCAGCAACUGGUGGUGUGAAGAAACCUCAUCGCUAUAGGCCAGGCACUGUUGCCCUGCGUGAAAUUCGUCGCUACCAGAAGAGCACGGAACUGCUUAUUCGCAAGUUGCCGUUCCAGCGUUUAGUACGCGAAAUUGCUCAGGACUUCAAGACCGACUUACGUUUCCAGAGCUCGGCUGUGAUGGCUUUGCAGGAAGCUAGCGAAGCCUAUCUAGUUGGCCUAUUCGAAGAUACAAACUUGUGUGCUAUCCACGCUAAACGUGUCACCAUCAUGCCCAAGGACAUUCAACUGGCCAGACGUAUUCGUGGAGAGCGCGCUUAAGUCAUACCUCGUCACUAAUACAUAAAUAUCAAACAAAUCGGUCCUUUUCA